GGGUCAAUUCUUGGACCGUUAUUGUUUCUCACAUAUAUUAACGAUCUUCCUCAGUGUCUAAAACAUUCUACAGCUCGAAUGUACGCUGACGAUACAAACAUCGAUUCGACAGUCGAGACUACGACAGGAACAUCCAUUCGAGAAAUAGUAACACAUGCUAAUGAUGACCUAAAUAAU